CUUCCUUUUUCUGCAAUCCUUUAGUUUUGUUUUUCUGAAGUUAUUCUGAACAAAAACAGGUAAAGGCAAAAAAAAAAAAAAAACGAAAAGAGUUUUGAGAUUAUCCUGUGUGGCCAUGGCAGCUCGCAGAAUCUCUUCAUUGCUUACUCGUUCACUCUCUGCUUCUUCUUCUGCCUCUGCUUCUCUGCUUUCAUCUCUAGGGACAAACAGUUGCAGAAAUGGAAGUAUCAAGAGGUGUAGCACUGCUGCAGCUCUGGAGGAACUGAUUUUUCCACCAGUUCAAAUUUCUUACACUCAGAAUCUAAUUGAUGGGAAAUUUGUAGAUGCAGCAUCUGGGAAAACAUUCCCCACCUAUGACCCUCGUACUGGAGAAGUGAUUGCACGUGUUGCUGAAGGUGAUGCUGAAGAUAUUAAUCGUGCAGUUGCUGCUGCUCGCAAGGCAUUUGACGAGGGACCAUGGCCAAAAAUGAGUCCAUAUGAACGAUCACGGAUACUGUUGCGCUUUGCUGAUUUGGUUGAGAAACAUAGUGAGGAGCUUGCGGCUUUAGAGACAUGGAAUAAUGGAAAGCCUCAUGAGCAGGCUGCUAAAUCUGAAUUGCCAUUGCUGAUACGUCUUUUUCACUACUAUGCUGGUUGGGCAGAUAAGAUCCAUGGGCUAACAGUCCCAGCUGAUGGACCUCACCAUGUGCAGACAUUGCAUGAGCCAAUAGGUGUUGCAGGACAGAUAAUUCCAUGGAACUUUCCUCUUAUCAUGUUUGCUUGGAAGGUUGGGCCUGCAUUAGCAUGUGGCAAUACGAUAGUCUUAAAGACUGCUGAGCAAACUCCUUUGACUGCUCUCUAUGUGGCUAAGCUGUUCCAUGAGGCUGGUCUCCCUCCAGGUGUUCUGAAUGUAGUUUCUGGCUAUGGUCCAACAGCUGGUGCUGCUCUUGCGGGUCACAUGGAUGUAGACAAGGUUGCAUUCACAGGGUCAACUGAUACUGGUAAGAUUGUGCUUGAAUUGGCUGCAAAAAGCAAUCUUAAGCCAGUAACAUUAGAGCUUGGUGGGAAAUCACCUUUCAUAGUAUGCGAAGAUGCUGAUAUUGAUAAAGCUGUGGAGCUUGCACAUUUUGCUUUGUUCUUUAAUCAGGGGCAAUGUUGCUGCGCUGGGUCUCGCACUUUUGUUCAUGAACGUGUAUAUGAUGAGUUCCUAGAGAAGGCAAAGGCACGUGCUUUGAAACGUGUUGUGGGUGAUCCCUUCAAGAAGGGUGUUGAGCAAGGUCCACAGAUUGACUCCGAGCAGUUUGAGAAAGUUCUAAGGUACAUAAGAUCUGGCAUUGAAAGCAAUGCAACCCUUGAAUGUGGAGGUGACAGACUUGGUACAAGAGGCUACUUCAUCCAACCAACUGUUUUCUCUAAUGUUACGGAUGAUAUGUUGAUAGCGAAGGAUGAAAUCUUUGGUCCAGUGCAAUCUAUCUUAAAGUUCAAGGAUCUUGAUGAAGUAAUUCGAAGGGCAAAUGCAACCCGCUAUGGUCUCGCUGCAGGAGUUUUCACCCAAAAUAUGGACACUGCCAACACCUUGACUCGAGCGUUGAGGACUGGGACUGUAUGGGUUAACUGCUUUGAUGUGUUUGACGCUGCAAUUCCUUUUGGUGGGUACAAGAUGAGUGGCAUUGGCAGGGAAAAAGGGAUCUACAGUCUUCAUAACUAUUUGCAGGUGAAAGCAGUUGUUACUCCUUUGAAGAAUCCAGCAUGGUUGUAAUUUUAUGGCAUAUACCCGCCUUUGAACCUGCUUCUUAUGUCUUUAAAAUCUUUGUUUUGUUUGGAAACUUAAUUACUAUAAUAAAGUUAGCAUACAGUGCUCAGUUUCUAAUUAUGCAAUGAAGGGAAGUCGUCACUUGGAUCAAGAAAACCAUCGUCUUCUUUUCUUGAUCGCUAAAAGAACGUGCUGCAUUUCUUGCCUUGGGUUGGUAUACUAUACUAUCAACAAAUGGAACAAUAUAUUUUCCCUGCGCCCCUUGUAAUUUGUUCCUUGCUUCUUUCUUCUUGCAUGUAAUAAAUUUUUUUUUGUUUGAGAAAGAGGAGAUACCAAUGUUACUCUUUUCAUUUAAGUUAAAUGCUCGGGUGGUGCUCAUAAUAAUAAAAAUUAAAACAUGGCACAAUGUUAUUUUGGUCAAAAUUUUUGUU